AAGACACAAAUGUAAGUCACAAGGGCAUGUAUAAACAUCUUUUAAUAAUAUAUUUUAAAAUUGCAGAUGUAACUAAUCAAAGGAGCACGCCCCAGAACCAAAGUAGUGGUGACACCGCAGAACAUUACUUGACUCCAGUGACAACAAACAAGUUAAGCACGACACAAGGAAGAGCGACUCCGCUUUAUGAUGCAUUACAGAUGAAAGAUGUAGGAAUGCAAUCACUCUAUGAAGGAAUACGGCAAGAGCACAAGGGCUCGGAAAUAUCUUCUAAUAAAGAUUUGAGCGGCAAUAUGCGGAGGACAAGAAACGAACCAAUAUAUGUGAACUAAGGAGGUGCAGUUGUCGUCGAAGUUCUCCGAGGGCUUUGUAAAGAUUUUAUGCAUAUUACAAAGAUUUUCACUAACCCUAAAACAUGUAAAAUAUCAGAUUUUUAUGAACAAUUAACUUAACAAUUGUUCAACGGUGUACCCAAAUAAAUUAUAAACUGAAGGGUGAAGAAAGACUAUAUGGACCAUUUUAUCAGUGAAGGCAGCAUCGUAUGGGUCUAGAAAUAUUGUUGCAACAUCGUCUCGAUAUGUACUAAAGAAUCACAAUUAAAUUAUUCACAUG